AUUUUUGUUAUAUGGGCCAAGAGGGCUCAUUAGAUUGUUUUGAACCACCCUAGCCAAACUUAAAUUCGACCCGAUAACGAAAAGAAACCAUUCUUCCAGGAAGAGAAACCCUAGCUUCACCAUUGUGCUCUGCGGCGAAGGCGAUUGUCGAUUAUUCCGUGAUUUUAUAGGUAAGCAAUGGUGAAGCACAACAAUGUUAUCCCUAAUGGUCACUUCAAAAAGCAUUGGCAGAAUUAUGUCAAGACUUGGUUCAAUCAACCAGCCCGGAAAGCCAGAAGAAGGACUGCUCGGCAGAAAAAGGCUGUGAAGGAUUUUCCCCGACCCACUGCUGGACCUCUCCGGCCAGUUGUUCAUGGACAGACAUUGAAGUAUAACAUGAAAGUCAGGGCUGGAAGGGGCUUUAGCCUGGAAGAGUUAAAGGCUGCUGGUAUUCCAAAGAAGCUUGCACCGACAAUUGGUAUAGCAGUUGAUCAUCGCAGAAAAAAUCGAUCUUUGGAAGGUCUUCAAACUAAUGUUCAGAGGCUCAAAACUUAUAAGGCUAAAUUAGUGGUCUUUCCAAGACGUGCUCGCAAAUUCAAGGCUGGAGAUUCUGUUCCGGAGGAACUAGCCAAUGCAACCCAGGUCCAGGGACCAUACUUGCCUAUAGUGCCUGAGAAGCCAUCCGUGGAGCUUGUGAAGGUAACUGAUGAGUUGAAAUCAUUCAAGGCAUAUGACAAACUUCGUGUGGAGCGGACGAACAAACGUCAUAUUGGUGCCAGAUUAAAGAAGGCAGCAGAGGCUGAGAAGGAAGAUAAGAAGUAGUUAUUUUUAAUGUCAUAGGCUUUAAAAUUUACUGGUCUAGAAAUGUCCCGGUUUUUGUUUGGUUCUUUUUGAUAUACUUCUUUGGAGACCAAUUUUAAUAUCAUGAUACUGCUUGGUUAAUCAAUAUUAGAAAAUUUUUAUGGUUA